AUGGCCAGGGUCCCCUUUAUUGGCAGGCUCUUUUGGCGAGAGUACCUGGCUCUGUUUGGAUCUCUCAUCCUCGUCGCUUUGGAGGUCCUGGUGCGCUGCAUCACCCUCGGACUUCCACAACCCGUCAUUCGCUUCUGCUACAACACCUCCAAGAAUCUAUUCAACCGUCUGUCGUCUCCAAAGUCGAGACAAGCCAGGUCGGAACAAAAGUCCAUCUACAGUUCUAUCGCCACCUGUUCCGACUUCACCGAGCUCUGCGCCUUGUUUGGAUACUAUGCCGAAGAACAUGUCGUGCAAACCGGAGAUGGAUACCUGCUCGGUGUACACAGGUUGCCGUUCCGGAAGGGAGAAGAAGAGACCGGGGUGCGGGUCAACGCUGGACCUGAUUCUAUAAAGAAGCCAGUGGUAUACCUGCACCAUGGCCUUCUCAUGAACAGCGAGGUCUGGGUGUGUCUGACGGAAGAAGAACGAUGUCUCCCCUUCACCCUAGCAAGUCAAGGCUAUGAUGUCUGGCUGGGCAACAAUCGAGGCAACAAAUACAGCAAGAAAUCGACAAAGGCCUCACCGACAUCUCCUGACUUCUGGAAUUUCUCCAUGGAUGAGUUCGCCUUCCAUGAUAUUCCUAAUACCAUUGAUUAUGUUCUUAGCACGACAUCUCAAACCUCGCUGUCUUACAUCGGAUUCAGCCAGGGCACUGCACAAGCCUUUGCAACUCUCUCAAUCCAUCCAGGCCUGAACGACAAAGUGAACGUCUUUGUGGCGUUAGCUCCCGCAAUGUCGCCUGCCGGUCUGAGCAAUGGCAUUGUUGAUGCCUUGAUCAAGACGAGUCCUGAUGUCCUGUUCCUGGCGUUCGGUCGGAAAUCCAUCUUGUCUUCAGCCACCAUGUGGCAGUCUAUCCUGUACCCACCCAUCUUUGUCCGGUUGAUCGAUAUGUCGCUUUCAUUCCUCUUCGCGUGGUAUGGGCGGAACAUCUCGCUGCAACAGAAGCUCGCCGCCUACCCUCAUCUCUAUAGCUUCACCAGCACGAAGUCAGUGGUACACUGGUUCCAGAUCAUUCGCAACAGGUCGUUUCAAAUGUACGAUGACGAUUCUUCGAGCAAGCUCAGUAUAGGAGCCCGCAACCGGUACUACAAAGUGGCCAAGUUCCCCACGCGCAACAUCAGAACCCCAAUUGUUUUGGUGUAUGGUGGGAGUGAUUCAUUGGUAGAUAUCAGAAUCAUGCUGAGAGAACUACCACGGCACACUAUUGCGACGGAGGUACCACAUUACGAACACCUGGAUCUCUUGUGGGGAAAAGAUGUCCAUACUCAUGUUUUCCCACACGUCUUGAAUGCGUUGCGUGAUUACGCGCUAGGCCACACUUCGAAUGGCACCUCCAGAAAUCUCGCUCUUUCCAUCGCCGAUACUGCACAUUUGCACAGAAAGCAGAAAAAUGAGAGCACCUUCAACUCGACAUGGCCCGAAGUGGAAGAGGCCGGCUAUUCGGAUUAUGACGGCGCAAAUGACACGCCGCACACACCCAAGGCCAAGUCAUUCGCCCAGCGACUGCGCGAGAGACAAUAUCGAGAUGAACAUGACAGCCGGCCCAGAUCAGCGUCAUCUCCAACAACGUUCAUGACCUUGGUCGAACAGUACUACAAGCUUCCAAAAGCUCCAAAAGCUCCCCGAGGAGCGCAUGAGUCGGUGCUGGAUGCGGUGACUGCAAGGUCCCGGAAACAGGGGGAGGAAAAGCUAGACCAGGAACUCUUCGAUGCACGCUCAAGCGACACAAUGUCGAAGAGCAAUCCGUCACCGGUGGAGUCUCCACCCUCACCGUCAGCUCGCCGAGGCGAGGGAGGUGGAGGAUCAUCAGAAGCAACGGGCCGAGAGCUUGCGCCGCAUCUCCAGUCCCCGCCGCAUUACCGCAAUAGAGAUAGAGCGCGGGCGCAGUACACAGACGACGAAAGCGAAGACCGUCGAGAUUCGGGGUCGGUGUCCGGUUCAGGAUCGGGCCGGUCAAGUCCUGAUGCCACUCCCCAUCCGAGCCCCAAUGCCAAUCCGAUCCGGCAACACACAUUCACGUCCAAGGGCAUUCGGGUGGGGAGCUCCAAACCGAUUGUAGGGGCGGCGACGAGUUAA